GAUAAGAAAAGUAAACGCCCUACGGAAUACAACGAGGGCGAUUACGUCAGAGUAAGAAACGACAGGAUCAAGCCGGGAGAAAACGCAAAGCUCAAACCGAGCUAUAAAGGGCCUUACCAAAUAGCGAAAGUCCUCCCGAAUCAUAGAUACGUCGUGCAGGACAUACCAGGCUUUAACCACGGUCCCCGGCCACUAAACACCAUAAUGUCACCGGACCGGAUCAAACCGUGGGUGAAGCCGAAACUAUUUGGAUACGAAAUUGGUAAAUUGGAAGCAGCUUUGAAGCAACAUAAAUUGGAUAUCCGCUUCAAUGACUUUGACGCAUGGGGUCAUUUUCAAAUUUUGAUCGAGAUGGAUAAAACCAUAAAUGAUUCUUUUCCACCGCCACCACCACUGCCACCACUACUGCCACUGCCACCGCCACCACCACUGCCACCACCACUGCCACUGCCACCGCCACCACCACUGCCAUUGCCACCGCCACCACCACUGCCACCACCACUGCCACCACCACUGCCACUGCCACCGCCACCACCACUGCCACCACCACUGCCACUGCCACCGCAUCGUCGUCUCGAUCGACACAGGGCGCCGUCGUUGAUGAAGCCGGAUAUUAUGAGGCGAAACGGCAGCUGUUGCAGUUGA